CCAAUAUUCAAACACUUCAUCAAAUACUCCCAUCAUCAUCACCUUUAUUCUCUCAUUACUAGUUCAAUCAUUUUCAUUUCCACCAUCAUAAUUUUAUCAAAAACCCUAAUUAUGGAUGUGAAUCAUCUAUACAAUUACUUGAUCUCAACACCAUCUUCCACAGUGGUAACUGGUGGCAUCGUUGCUUUAGUACUGUUUCUAUAUUUUUUACGUCUCACAUGGAAGACAUCAACCAGAUCCUCAAAACUCAAAGAACCACCAGUACCAGCCGGCGGUUGGCCGAUUAUCGGUCAUCUCCUUGUAUUAGGAGGACCAGACCUUCCUCACAUAGCACUAGGAAAAUUAGCUGAAAAAUAUGGACCCGUCUUCACCAUUAACAUCGGGGUACAUAAAUCACUUAUUGUUAGUGACUGGGAGGUGGUGAAAGAAUGUUUUACGAUAAAUGAUAAGAUAUGGUCUUCACGUCCUUUGCAGGUAGCCAUGAAGAUCAUGGGUACGGCAAUGUUUGGGUUCUCUCCAUAUGGGCAUUAUUGGCGUGAACUUCGCAAGAUUAUGAACAGAGAAGUUCUUUCUCACAGUCGCAUUGAAUCUUUACACCAUGUAUGGGCUUCCGAGAUCAAUACAUCCGUCAAAGAACUCUACCAGACAUGGGGAGAGAAAACCAACGGCGGUGGUCCUGUAUUGCAUGAUAUGACACGAUGGGUUUGUGAUUUAACCUUGAAUAUGUCGGUGAAGAUGGCCGUUGGUAAGAGAUACAACUUUAGGGAUGCUUCCGAAGAUGAUGAAGCUGCGAGAUGCCAGUACGCUUUGAGAGAGUUCUUUAGGUUGGUGGGACUUUUCAUUCCCUCGGACGCCUUGCCGUUUUUAGGAUGGUUGGAUAUUGGUGGUUACCAGAAGGUAAUGAAGAAAGUGGCGAGAGAUUUAGAUGCCUUGAUGCAAGGAUGGCUGGAUGAACACAAAAAAGAGAGGUUAUUAUCAGGUCCAAAUAAGAAGGCAGCUGAAAAAGAUUUUAUGGAUGUGAUGAUUAACAUACUCGAGGAUCAAAAUACAAAACUGUCUGACAUUUAUGAUGCGGAUACUAUCAAUAAGGCUACCUGUUUGACUCUAAUCCUGGGAGGAGCUGACACAAAUAUGGUUAGUAUAGUAUGGGUACUAUCUCUACUAGUGAACCACCCACAUGAAUUGAAGAAAGUCCAUGACGAGUUGGACAUUCACGUUGGCAGAGACAGACAAGUAGACGAAUCAGAUAUCAAGAACCUCGUAUACCUCCAAGCUGUAAUCAAAGAAGAGUUCCGUUUAUACUCCGGUCCGCUAUCCGGAAUGCGCAAAGCGACCGAAGAUUGCGUUGUAGCUGGCUACCACGUCCCAAAGGGCACUCAACUAAUAAUAAACGCAUCCAAGAUUCACCGUGAUCCCCGAGUGUGGUCCGACCCUUUACAGUUCAAACCCGAAAGGUUCUUAACAGAAAAUGUGGGUAUUGAUGUUAGAGGUCAAGAUUAUGAACUCCUUCCAUUUGGAGCUGGUAGAAGAAUAUGUCCCGGUACUUCAUUUGCACUUCAAGUUUUGCCUUUGGCCCUGGCACGUUUGAUUCAUGGAUUUGAGUUUAGUACGCCCAAUAACGUACCGGUUGAUAUGACUGAAUGUCCUGGCUUGCAGAAUGCUAAGGCCAUUCCUCUUGAAGUACUCAUUACACCUCGACUUCCUUCUAAACUUUAUGUGUAAUCUCUACGAGAAGUUUACCUUUCAGCUUGACUCUUUAUCACGUUUUUUUACGUUCCUGUUGUAACAUUGUUUGUAAUCUGUAAUGCUAAUGGGUUUUUUUUCUUUUGGAAUAAUUUAUACCGUUAAUAAAUAAAAAUCGUCCUUACUUGGAACUUUGAACUAA